GUGAUGCUGAUGUGUAGCACCAGUUGUGCUCUGACUGAAAACCCUGCAGCCUACAUCUGGUACAAGAACAGAGAGUUUCUCUCUGAGGACUGGUCUCCCUGGUACCAAGAGCUGGUCAGCAGUGAGGAAGCAGUCACAUACUCCUGUGCUGUCAAAGGCUACGAGGAUCUCAGAGCCCCUGAAGUCUCAGUGGAUUCAGUCACUCCGACCUGCUUUACUGUGACCUACACUAGAGGGAGAAUGUGUUCUUAUCAGCAGACGUCAGCAGAUGAGUCCUGCUCCAUCACGUAUCCCAGAGAGAUACAUGUUCAGAGGACUCCUACAGACGUAACAGGUCACAUCAGACUGAUCUGUAACACCAGCUGUCUUCACUCUGACACUCUGGCUUCAUUUAUGUGGUUUAGGAACAGACAAGUAGACAGAGACAAGGAGAAACAGCAGAUUUCAGUUUUGAGAACUUCAGUAGAAAGUUUCUCUUGUGCUGUGAAAGGUCUUGAGGAUCUGCAGUCUGCUGACGUCUGUGUAGAUGAGAAGAACUGUUACAGAGUGAAUUAUAUCAGCAGGAGAAUCUGUGCUCUGAAAGGAUCUUCUCUGAACAUUUCCAGUGAAUAUUCUCAUCCUGACAACCAGCAGCCAGAGUCUAAAAUUUGGUACAAAGUAAAGGAAAAUAUUGAAAAGGAAGAUCAACAGCUGACUGGAGAGACACGUAAUGUGAAGGUUUACGACAACGCGCGGAACCAACACAUCCUCACGUUAAACAACCUGAAGAAGAAGGACUCAGCAGAAUACAUCUUCAGAAUCAAAACAAACUAUGAACAAGUGUCUGGUUCUCCUGGAGUCUCUCUGGUUGUCACAGAUUUGAAAGUGAAGAUAAGUCCCUCUCCAGUGGUGACAGAGGGUGAGAGAGUCUCACUGACCUGCAGGACCAGCUGUCCUCUACCUGCUAACACAAACUACAUUUGGUACUUCAACAAUCGACCUGUGAACUUGACACAUAACCAAAGGAAACACCUGCUUCUCGACCCAGUCAGCAGUCAGGAUUCAGGAAACUACACCUGUGCUGUCAGAACCAACAGAGACAUCAACUCAGCUCUAAAGACUCUCACUGUCCAAACUAAACAAACAUCUAAAUGGAACCCAGCGGCAGCUGCAGUUUCUACAUUUCUCCCGAUUUUAAUAUCUCUCAUGGUCUUCUUGUGGAUUAGAAAAAAAAGAACUUCUAGUCGAUCUGCCGUGAAUGAAACCUUGGACAACUUGGAGCAGUUCAACUGUGGUCCCAGUGACGAUGACUCCUCAGCUCAACCAGCAGAGCAGGAACUUUACUACAGCAGAAUCCACUUCACUAAGCACAACACAGAUCCUAUCUACUCCUUCGCAAACCCACCUCAGUCCCAAGAUGAAGAGAUGGUCCCGUAUGCUGUUGCCAACUUUAGAUCCAAAUCAACCUCUGAGCUCAAUGAAGCAGGGGAUACCUAGAAAUUGUACAACACAGCAAAGGACAACUUAAAGAGACGACUAGAUCAAUUGAUCGAUCCUUGUGGAUCAUUAAAGUCUAAAAAUUCUUGCAGUCUGAGUCCUGCUUUAGGUACUUUAGUUUAGUUCUCACAGAGGAUGAUCAGGCAGGAAUCUAGACACUGAUGGACGUCCACCGCAUGUUUUGGGAAUUGAAGCCAUAAAGUUUUUUUUGUACAGGUUUGUUUAUUUUUAUGACUACGUGUGACACUCUCUUUCUUUUCUUUGCGCAAAAAAAUUCUCACUGCGAGUUAGAGAUACCACAAAGCAACAGAUUUUUUAUUUUAUUUUACUUUGAGAGCACAAAGAUAAAACUCUGCUCCACAUCUAAAAUGAUCCAGAUUAAUUAUAGAGAUAUGCUGAUUUUCACUAAAGCUGUAGCAGAUAAAAACUACUAAGCAGAGAUGAAAUGUUUGCUUUUAUGUCCUGUGAACCAGUUGCACUCCUUUAUCUGGCAUUUUGUUUGCUUCUUUUGCUUUUUUGUCAUUUUCCAAGAGCAGCUAAUGUUAGCCACGCUAAUUAGCUCACAGGCCGAAUCGUUGCCAUGGAGAUGCCGCAUCAGCAUAUUUAUACAUAAAAAUAAAGCUAGUGAAGAA